AUGGACAUCAUUGUAAAAGCGAACAGGGAAUCAGGAAUGUUGGAGAAUCUGCUGGAGGGAGACAUUGUAGGACAACCAUUGCUGAAUGUAUGUAUACAGGGUAGCUAUGGUCUCAGUGUUAUACAGUCGGCAAUAGACCAGUACAACAGUGAUCAGUCCUGUCUGAAGUGGAGACCGAGGACAAACGAGGAGGACUAUGUCGUCAUCAGAGAUGGAGCGGGAUGCUACUCCUCCAUUGGUCGAGACACUGGUCCUCAGAACCUCGUUCUGGGUUCCACCUGCUACUACAAAGGUGUCAUUUUGCAUGAGAUGAACCACGCUGCUGGGUUCUUCCACGAACAAAGUCGGUAUGAUCGAGACGAUUACAUACUAGUCAACUGGGAAAAUGUGCAGGAUGGUAAAACUAGAGAUUUUACCAAACAGCAAAAGAAUAUAAUGGAUACUUUGGGAACCAUUUAUGACUAUGGCAGUAUCAUGCACUAUGGUGCAACAACCUUCUCUAAAAAUGGAAGUCCAACACUAGUGGCAAAGUUCAACACUCGAGGAACUAUGGGCCAGCGUUCUGGAUUUAGUGAAAUGGACAUCUGGAAGAUCAAAAAGUUGUAUGGUUGUGAGAAUGGAGAUCCGCCCUUGCCAGUAUGGAAGCAAACAGAUCAAACUACUCCUACAACUAUUACUACUACUAAAGAAACAAAAACUUCCGAUCACAUGACACAUUCUCGGAUAACGACUCGUCCAUCUUCCAUUGCUACGUCAUCAACAUUCACUAGUACGUCACGACCAACAACACAGAAAUCUACGUCAACAACGACAGUAUCUGCAACUAAAAAGGCUUGUGCAGAAAAAUCCAAACUUCCAAGUGGUAUACCAGGGAAAGUGCAAGAUUUUCAGGUUGUUUUAAUUGAGAACACACUAAGAGUGUUCUGGUCUCCUCCAUGUACAAGUGUUCCUUUAAGCGGCUAUCUAUUGACAAUAAAGAAUAGUCAGCAACAUGCGACAAUCACAAUUGCUCCGAAUCGUCAAACGCACUAUAUCUACACAGCAAAUCACCCUGGUAGCCGAUAUGAAAUGACAGUGACAGCUUUGUCACAAAACGGACGAGGAGAAACCUCGCCCCCGAUAUCCGCUAUUUCCGCAUGUGGGUAUGAUAUCGUUCUCCCUCCAAAUGGAACCAUUCGUUCCCUUCAUUCGCCAUACUUCUUGAAUGAGUAUUACGAACCCGAUGUCGCCUGUCAAUGGAAUGUAAGGGCAUCUGUUGGUCAAAGGUUAAAAAUACAUUUCGAUUCCAUAAACUUGUCAGAUAACACGUCAGCAUGCACUGAAGAUUACGUCAUGAUAAACGAUGACCGUUACUGCAAAAAGUCCCCACCUGGUGGAUAUUAUAUCACAAAAGAAAGAGAUGCCAAGAUAAUUUUCAGGUCCUCUUUUGGAAGUGCUAAUAAACAUGGCGGAUUUAAUAUAUCCAUUGAAGCUAUAGAUACAACACCUCUAGUUAAACAAGUGAUUAAUUCAGCGGGAGUGAUAGGACUGGCCUGGGAUUCCCCAGAGAAUACAAAGAAUUCGUCAUACAAUUCCGUCUUCAAAUACAGAGUACUACCAAACAAUGAUCAAGAAGUGCUCAAGUUAGGACCGAGUGUACGCCAGUUCGUGUUUCCUACAGGUCACAAUAUAGGAAGACAGUACGAACUAGAGUUAUCGACCCUCAUAGAAGAGGAAGAAGGAAGACCCCUGAAGUUCACUCUAAGAUCUGAUUGCGGUCAUAAUGUAACAGUGGAUCACCCAGGAAGAAUUCAAAAUCCACCAUCGUUUGGUUUAUAUCAACCUGAUGUAGUCUGUGAAUGGUAUUUUUCUCCAUUUCAACAACAGAAUUUUCGAUUGAGCAUUUCGAUUUUGGACUUGGAAUUGUCACCAAACUGUGAAAAUGAUUUCUUGGAAAUUGAUUCACAGAAAUAUUGUGAUGUUACAACUAUACCCGCAAGUGCUCUGAAAUUUAAUGAUACCGUCAAGGUUGUUUUUCGUUCUAAUAAUUCAUUACAAAGAAGAGGAUUUUCAUUGCAAUACGGACCGGUUUGUACUUGUUAAGAAUUUUUUAAAGCACUUAGAAUUGCAGUUUCUUCUAUUGCCUUUUUUAAAAAAGAUAUUUUAUAUAAAAUACACAUGUAUGAUAAAGAAAAGUUUCAUAUUUUUGUUAUUAUGAAAUUU